UCCUAGUUACGAGCACAUCAUGUCUACUUGCAUCAUGGUCCAGUCUAUAUGUCUAUGAUCGCGACGAGUCAGUCGCGUCGUAGCUGCCGACUCGUGCGGCUCUUUUCUAGUACUGUAAGAUUGUCAUUAAAGUAUAUACAUAUAUUAUUCAAGAGUAUUCAGUGAUUGACAGCCCCAGUAGAUACACCACAGGGAAUAUAUUUUCCGCGAUAUUGCUGCGAUUAUUAGAUACUUGAUCACGAGGCUAUUGUAAGAUGAAAUCAAGUUUAGUAAAUUCUAUGGGUCAAUAAGUUGACGAUUCCUCUAUGAAAAUGCCUCUAUGUCUCUCGUUUUGGUGCUACAUGCUUUUAUUCAUCACUCUAUCAUCAGAGUCUCAAUUAAAGUUGAUAAGCAAGAUUGAUGAGCAGGAUGACAAUUCGACGGUGCAAUAUCAACUUGGCGCAAACACCGUGACAAACUAUGACAACGAGAAAGAUUUAAUACGGUAUAAUUCGAACGAAAAUUCAAUCAAAGAUAACGGUGAUAUGCAGUACGCAUAUCGCAUCAAUUCGACGAGAAACUACCACGAGAAUGACGACGAAUACUAUCAACCCAUCUUCUUUAGUGGUCGCAUGGGAUUUCCGAUGAUAAAUCACAUAAGAUAUCCGAUGAUAAAUCACUUGAUACAUCCUGAACUUCAAGUGGACGUUGAAAAAAAUUAUAAGAAUGCCAUGUCACAGAAAAUGCUUGAAAACUUUGAAAGGACCAAGGGCAAAAACGGUUCUGCGUCACACGAUUUCUUUAAACAUUUCAAUAGAGAUAACGAUAAAAACAAUAUUGUAUCGUAUAAAAUGUGUGAAAACAUUACUUGCAUUCGGUUCUGCUGUCCUUUCGGUGAUCGCCUGGUUGACGGAAAAUGCCUUGCCAAACAGGAUGACUUUAUUCAUCUGCAAAACAUGUAUGGAUACAUUGAUGAAUCGUUGCAAAAUGGAAAUGAAAGAAUAAACGAACUAUUUCUUCUGGUUGUUCACGAUCCGUGUCAGAAGACUAAACACGAUUUGAUUAUGCCAUUUUAUAAGAAAGAGUUUCUCAUCGAUGGCUCUUUGUAUCUAGCGUCUGAUCAGAUAAUCGUUGAAUCAACAUCCUAUUGUUUCGCUGUAGUGGAACAAAAUAUAUUUGCUGUUAAAGUUUGCCCUAGGAUUAUAGAAAGGAUCAUGGAUAACAAUUACAAAAACCGCAAUAAAAGUGCGAUUAUUCCGAUUAGUACAAAUAAAGAGUUGAAGAAAAUUAGAGACAAGAACGAUUCUAUGUCGUACAAUUCUUUUAAAAAUUUUAAUAAAGAUAACAAUAAAAACACUAUUAUACCGUACAAAAUGUGCGAAAACAUUACUUGCAUUUUUUUAUGCUGUCCUUUCGAUAAACUCUUGGUCGACAAAAAAUGCAUUGACGGACAGGAUAAUUUUAUUUUCCUGCAAAACAUGUAUAAAUAUAUCAAUGAUUCGUUGCAAAAAGGAAAUGAAGGAGAAAACGAACUAUUUCUUCUGGUUGUUCACGAUCCGUGUCAGAAGUCUGGACAUUAUACACUUAAUUCUUUAAAGAGAGUGCUUCUCGUCAACGGCUCUUUGUACCUACCUGAUAACAACACAAUCGUCGAAUCAACAUCUUAUUGCUUCGCUAACGUAGAUGAUCAAUUUGAUAUGGACGGAUUUGGUGUUUACGGAUUAACUGUGAAAGUUUGCUUUGAAAAUAUAAGGAUUGUGAACAAGACAUUUGAAAAAAUAAAUUUCUUGGAGACUGAACUAAUUAUAUAUAUAUGCAGUCUAAUAGGGGUUAUAUUGUGUUUGUUGAUGACGUUCGUAGUAUACUCCACAAUACCAGAACUCCGUAAUAUACACGGCUAUAUACUGUGUAGCUACAGCGGCUCAUUAAUCGUCGCGUACACGGUCGAAUUAAAGUACACGCUAGUCACAAGAGAUGCUAUAGGAGACUCUAUCUGUAUCGCAUAUGCUUUUGUCAAAUAUUAUCUCUUUUUGGGAAGCUCCUUCUGGUUAAAUGUAAUGAAUUUCGAUAUGUGGCGAACAUUUAGAAAAUUACGCUCGUUACAAAGAAAUAUGAAGCAACAAAAAAGAAAAAAGUUAAUCAUGUAUUCUGUCUUUGCGUGGGGAGGCCCUUUUAUCCUUGCUAUCAUUUGUGGUAUCAUGGAGUUUGUACCUGGCGUACCAAAAAACUUCCGACCGAGAUUUGGUGACAUCAAUUGUUGGUUUAAUAAUGAAAUGGCAUAUUUAUUGUAUUUUUACGGGAUUGAAACAAUCUCUAUUAUCAGUAGCAUUUGCUUAUUUAUCUGCAUGGCACGAAAUAUUGCGCACUACGAAAAGGCCAUUGCUCAUUGUCUGAGAGAUUCGGAGAACCGGCGUUAUAAUAACAACAAGAAUCGCUUUGAUCUGCAGCUGAAGAUAUGCACAGUGAUAUUUAUCGUGAUGUGCAUAAAAUUGGUCAUGGUUACUAUCAUCAUUACUAUCAAUAUUAUUACUAUUAAUAUUAUUUAUAUGGAUAUUAUCUAUGUGUUAAUUUCUUGUACUUACUCUACGCUGGACUUCAUAGAGCAGUUCUGCAUGUUUAUCAUAUUUGUAUGGAAGAGGAAGAUUAAGCUUUUGUUACUGAAGCGAUUCGGUUGUUAGAAUUACGGAAUGUUUUUAGAACUCAAUACGCUGUCGCAUCCUCAAAUAAUUGCACUACUCCGUCAGUGAUGAUUUCCCUGUGGGAAAAUAUCAAUUCCUAGAAAAGUGAAUCAUAGCGCAAAGAGUUCGUCCUAUUCGACCGAUUUAUAGUACUAUGACGUGCGAUAAAAAGAUUUUAUUAUAGAUCAAAGAUUGAUGGUUAACCAGUGAUUAACUACAGUGCUAAACAAUUUUUAAAUCGAUAACUAAUUUUAUAUUAUUGUACGGUGGUGCAUGCACAUAUUAGUUAAAACAUGUAAAUGAAAGAAAAUUGCAAACGUAUGUAUUUUCGUCUAGGAUCUUCUGAGUAAACAUCUGUGGACAUCGUUGAUUUUGAUACACGUUAAUUUUGUUGAAAAAAACUUUUUGUCUUUCAAAAGUGUCUGAAUCGAUUUAUGAACAAGAUUAAUUAUAAAAAAGAUUAAGAUUGUUAGCAAAAUUAAUGUGCUUGAUAGACAGCAAUUGUUACAAGCUCGAAUACUUUGUACUAGGUCAGUAAUGACUUUUCUGCAGAAAAAAAUCAAUCUCUACAAGCAGACAAACCGCCGCCGUAAAAAGAUUGCUUGAUGAGAUCUGUCUAAUUAUUUCUACAAUGCACAAAAAGAAAGUUUUAGUGUAAAUUAGAGAUCAGGAGUUAAACAGCGGUCAACUGUAAUGUCGAAACUUAAUUCUUUAAUAAAAAAUUAUUUCUAUAUUGUCAUCCAUUAAUGAUUUUGAUUACGAGACGCAGAAAUAAUAGAUUUCAAAGCUUUACGUUGCAGAAGCAUAUUAUCUUCUAGUAUUAUAGUAUAAAAAUCAACGUAAUAUUAAUUAGCUGUUGGGUGUGACUUAUUGAACUUGACUACUAUUUACCUGAAGUCGAAAAAAUUUUUCUGUGUCAGUUGUCAUGUGUUGAUUUUCUAUUUAAGACGCUGAGAUAGUUUAAUUAUAUAUAUGUAUAUGUAUAUACUAUGCUAUGUGUAACAUUUUUCGCGCCCGUUGCCUGACUUCGUUUUCAAUAUAUUUGUAUUUUGCAUUCUUAAAAGCUCAUGGUAAAAACUAUUUAGAAAAAUAUAUUAUCUCAAUCUGUAUAAAACAGUGUUAUUUUAAGAUUUAAUAAAGUAAAUUUAUAUCAAAAAAUAUUGAUGUGCAAAAUGGUUUUUUAAAUUUUCUACUAAAAUAAUGGUUUAAAAAAAUUGCGCAAAUUAAGAAUAAAAACUUAUGCUUCUUUUUUUUAAAAAGGAACAUUCUAACCGAUAAAACUAUUGUACAAAA